UUUCCUCUUACUGUUUAUUAUCAAACUCAUUUUCAGGUUCAUCCUAGAGCAUUUUUCUUUCUGACUGUUGUUUGCCAUUUUCCCUUAAUUUUAGACACUUUACUCCCUUCCUAUGUUUAUGUGUGUUUCAGUCAUUUUUCUUCGUUCAACAAAUUUAAAAGUUGAUAGAUGAAUAGAUAGAUAACGAAGUUGACCGUGUUUUAUUAUAUCAUUAGAGGAUCUGGUCUAAUUUAAGAACAAUCGAUAAAACUCAAUGCAUAUAUGUCUACCACACGAUCUUUAAUUCAUAUCUUUAGAAUAAAAAAAAUUCUAGAAUACGAGGUGAUCACAUUCAGGUUAUGUAUAGAUGUAUCAAUGUGUGUGUGUGUGUAUAGAUACUACGUACAGAUCAGUAUGUUUCCUAUUUGUUUAUUAUGAUAAUUACUGAUCGUAAGUUGAUGAUAAACUAUUUCACUUUGUUGAAAUGUUGUUGUUCAUUCAUAAGGAGUAAUUUCGGCGAAUAAAUUUUUAAAAUUUGAGAAAAAAUUUAGAGAAUAGUUCACUAUAAAAAUCUUAUUGAGAAAUACUUCUUUUUUCCUACAACUGAUAUUCAUAAUCAACACUAGUGUUAUAAGAUAACAUCAUAUCGUUUCAUGGAGUUAUGAUCGACAGAUUUCAAUGAUGAUUAAUAUCACUUCAUUAACUCAACCGGCUUCACCAAAUUCACGUCGAUCAAGUUCAAUCUCAGCACUUGCAUUGUAUAAUACUGCUGUCACAAGUACUUAUACUAAUCCAAAUAAUCCUAUUCAUAAUAAUUCAACUGUAGUGAAUCUUUAUACAAGACAGUAUAUACAAAAAAAGAAAUUUCAUCGAUGGCGAUUGGUCAGAACACCAAUUCCAUUGAAUCCAGUCUAUCGUAAAACAUUAUUUUUAGCCAUAAUUAUACCAUUUAUUGGUGCAUUAUUGUUUAUUGGAGCAACAUUAACACCUUAUUGGGAGAAUGUUCAUUUUAAAUUUAUUAAAUUAUUGGAACUAUUUUCAAUCAAACAAAAUUGCUCAACAUUUAGUGGACAUGAAAACGGUAACAUGUACAAUACGUCAUUAGUUAAUCAAACAGAAUUUUUAAUCUUAGAAGAUCCAAAGAAAUGGAUCAGUAGUAAUAUUAAUAAUAAUAAUAAUGAUCAUAUUAAUAACUAUACCUUAGAAUUUAUCAUAUUUCGUGAUGGUAAAAUAUUAAAUUGGAGAAUACUGAAGCAUUUAUAUAAAAAUUGUUUGACAGUUACAUAUAAAAUGAAUGAAAUCAUCGGUAUUGUUGUACAUUCCGAUAAACAUAUUACAUCUACCGAAAAUACACCAAAGCAUUUAUCACGUGAAACAAUAACACCAAGAUUAUUUACACGUAAUAAAUAUACAUUUACACGUCAUGAAUGGAUACAGUUAGUAGAGCAUGGGGAUUUAUUAGAUGAUACACAAGAUGAUGAAAUGAACAGAAAUUUAUGGUUAAUUAUGAAUUUGCAAGCUGGUAUCUGGACAAUGUGUUUUCGAUUAGCAGAUGCUUAUAAACCUAAACUGCUGGCCUACAGUUCAAAUAUCCAUCCAGAUUUAAACAUACCACUUGACUGUAUGUCUUAUCUACAUGCAAACCUAUCUGAAACAAAGAAUCUAUGCAUUCAAUUCCUUUUAAAAAUGCAGAAUAAUAUUAUUUCAUGCGUUGUGGUAGUGUAUUUAUCGGUUGCAGCAUCUGUAUUGAUCGGGGCGUUUUCAACUUUGUUUCGUGCUGUGCCUGCCGCUAUGGUAACCGGUGUAUUGUAUAUUACAUCUGGGGUUUUCAUUAUUUUCGCAAAUUGCAUACAUCAUACAAAAUUGAAUCGUCUUGAAUACGAAUGGGGUCCAUGCUAUCCAAUAUCACAAAUACCUCGAACAUUAUAUAGUCCAGAUAUUAUCAGUGUUCAUCCACUUUGGCCUGUACUAGUCAGUUGGAUAUCAUCAUUUGUCUUUUUUAUUGCUUCAAUUAUAUGGCUUAUUCUUACACAAUUAAUGACUUUUGAAAAUUCUAAAACAAUGAUUUAAUUCAAGGUUUUAGUUACCCGUUUUUUUCUUUUCAAACUUUGCUUUUUUCUUCUCUCACUUCCUUAUCAUAUAUAUGUAUGUGUGUAUUUUUUUAAAUGAAUAAUAUAAUUCAUUCCUUAUUUAAAUUGAAUAAUCUAUUUAUCAGGCAAAUUUUAAAUUUGUUGUCAAGGUUAUUAUUAUUAUCAAAAAAUAAUAGGCUUAAACAAUUGCUCAUUUUUAUUUGAAUGAAAUAUCAGUUUACAUUUUUCAAAAUGUUUACAUGUUGUGUAUCAUUUGAAAAUAUUGAUGAAUUUUAUAAAAACAAAAUAGUUGACAUGUUUCAUUAUCAUUUAUUGAACAGAUAAAAAGAAAAAUAUUAAAUUUCAAAUCAAUAUUGAUUAUAUUACUUAAUUAAUUUUUUUUUAAAUGUACAAAAUUUUGUUUGUUUGUUUUUUCCUUCUGUGUUUUUGAGUUUAUAGAAUAAUAAAAAAACAACAUACAGUUUAUUUAUAUAGU